AUGGCCAUUGCAGAAGCUGCAGUCGCCGACGAUCCGCUGGGCGGCUUCCUUGCACUCCUUGAAGUUGCAGCGAGGCUUACGGGGCGCCAUGAUGCAAGAGGUUGUGGGUCUGUCGGAACGGAAUCGAUAAGCGCUGAGGGCGAAGAGGCCGCGGAGAGAAAACGAAUGGGUGCGACUCUUGAUUUAGACGAAGCAGAGGAUAGUAGCGAUCGCAGCCGCACAGUCGUCGUAGGCUUUUGCAACCAAAGUAACUCCGCCGGUGGAGGCAAAUCGGGGGGCCGAGUGGAGCCAGAGGUUCCAAAGUAG